AUGCUUGAAGAUCCACUUAUUCCACAGUCAGAUUUUGAUGAUACUUCUUCUUUUACAAUAGAAAAUCCAUGUGACAAACUUGGAUUUCAUUUAUCAACAAGAAAUAGAAUUAUUACAUUCUUUUUAAUAUUUUCAAUUGCUAUAUUCUUUUGGUUAGUUACAUUCCCAUUUAUUUUAGUCUUUGUUGCUGCUCCAUACUUAUUUAUGAUAUGUUAUUCUUUAGGAUUAUUAUUAAUUAGUUUAGCAACAUUUUUCUUAUACUCUCCAUUAACUCAAUUUAAAUUACUUAAACAACCACUUCGUUUGCUUUGUGCAAUAGUAUUUCUUUGUUGUUUAACAAUGACAAUACUUGGAUUAUUCUUAUUUAAAAAUUCUAUAGUUGUUUUAUUUUUCUUAAUCAUUCAAAUUGCAACAACAAUAUUUUAUUCAUUUUCUUUACUUCCUUUCUCAUCAAAAUGCAUUUUAGAAUUUUGUGGUAAGAAUCAAGAUUAA